UAAUCCAAGUUUGAAAUUGUUUCUUGAGCUAUUAUUUCGAAGGAUGUUAUUUCUGAAGAAAGAGCUUAAACAAGAGGCUUGAAAUCGAACAGAGACAAACUAGAAAGGAAAGGAAAGGAACGAAGAGUGUUGGGUCCAGUAGUCUCAUCUUGAUGAUGUCUAUCCCAUUCCUCUCGGAAGCUCUCGCGCCCCAUUAGUUACACCCUGCCCUGCCUACGAUCGUCAAAAGUGUCCACACAGUAUCAAAAAGGGUGGGCGGCCGGGAAGCUCUUCACGGAGAAGCUUCACCGACACCGAAGUCCUCCAAUCUCAUCUCUUCUCAACAUCCCUCUCCUCUUCUUGCUCUCCGACCCGAUAUUGAAUGAUCCAAUCUAGAUUGUAGGAGAAAAAGGUUCUUUUUUGAAGUCUCCUCUGUGUUUUCCUUGCACAGUUCUAUGUUCUUCACUACCUUAGUAGACGGCAGCAUGAAGGACGAAGCUUUUCAACACCACUAUCUCCACCACCGUCAGCAGCAGCAGCAGCAGCAGCAGCAGCAGCAGAGGAGUUUCUCCGAUGAAGUCGACAGCAGCAGGAGCAGCGGGGAGACUAAGAGGAUAAAGGUCGACGAGGCCAAGGACAAGAAGCGGGCGGCGGCGGAGGGGUCGACGAUCGAGGUGGCGAAGCGGCCCCGAGGGCGGCCGCCCGGUUCCAGGAACAAGCCCAAGAUCCCCGUCGCUAUCACGCGCGACGAGGAGCUGUCUUCCGCCAUGUGCCCUCACGUCCUCGAGAUCCCCUCAGGCCACGACGUCGUCGACUCGUUGGCCGGCUUCUCCCGCCGCCGCAACCUCGGCGUCUCCGUCCUCUCCGGCACCGGCGCCGUCGCCAACGUGACCCUCCGCCAGCCCCAGCUCGGCGGAGCCGCAUCGGUUUCCACGAUCGCCUUCCGCGGCCACUUCGAGAUCCUCUCCAUCUCGGCCACGUUCCUGCCGCCGGCUAUGGCGGCGCUGUCGUCCGCAUCCGGCGCGGGCGGGGGCCUGAUCUCGAUCUCUCUGGCAGGACCUCAAGGGCAGGUGGUGGGCGGAAUCGUGGCGGGGCCGCUGGUGGCUGCGGGGACGGUGGUGAUAGUAGCCGCCGCAUUCGCCAAGCCAACCUUCCACCGCCUUCCGUCAGCAGACGACGCGUCGGUCUCUAUCUCAGUCUCCGGCGACCUGGAGGACCACGAGCAUAACACGUACGCGCAGCGGCGCCACCAAGGGCCGGUGGACGCGGUCUCGGCAGCAGCGGCGGCGGCGGAACCCACCGGCCUGUCAAUCUACGGGAGCCACGCGGCGUCGGACGUCAUUUGGGCGCGCCCUCCACAACCCCCCACAUUCUGAUGCCUAAUUAAUAUAAUCAAUUUCCCCAGUUUUCCUACUUUAUCAUCUUUAAUUAGACAAUAUAUAUAUUGGUUGGAAGUCUCAUAUAUAGCUUCCGAACAUCGUCUUCCAAUUAAUUUGGCGUUCCUUUUUAUAAUAGCACUGCACAAUCUGCCGGGGAAGACAACAGUUGAGUUAUCAGUUACACUGAAUACUGAGAUACUCAUGCAUGCAUGGAUAUUGACUGGAUUUUUCUUCACCGGAGUGCUCUAAUUGUUCCUCGAUCA